AUGAUAUUGCUUUCAAUCUAUAAUAUUUUAUAUGUGAUGGGGCGCAAUAACCUUGUCAUUGAUAUUUCAAGUAAUAUUCCAUACUCAAAAUUACAUGAAAAAAUUGAAGAUGAAAAGAAGAAAGAAUUUCAAAAAUUUCUAACCAAAAAUAAACAAAAAUCAUCUUAUUUUAUUUUUGGUAUUCAAAUUUUUGUUGCAUUAUUAAUUUUUUCAAUAAUUAUUGCAUAUUUUACAAUAUACGUUCUUCAUCCAUUUCAAUUUCAUAUAAAAAAUCAUCUAACAAAAAUAAAAACAUCAUAUGAUGAUAAUGAAAAAUUUUUUUUAUCUAAUAAUUUUAAAACACCACAAUAUGAUAAUAUAUGUCAUCCUAUUUCUGAUUUUAAAUGUAAAAUAUAUGGUGAUGAUGGAUUUUGGAGGAAUACAACAAAUAUGCUUAAGAAAUAUUUGCAUGAAAAUAAAAGUAAAGAUAUACCAUUAAAGAAGACAGUUCGUUUAAUCUUUGAUAGAUGUCUUAAACAAACAUUGAUACCUGAUAAUAAAGUUAAACAUAUCAAGCAAAGUCUUAACUCUAUUCACCGUGCAACAGAUAUUUCUUUUUAUCUUAGUGAUGAACCAAUUUUAAAAAACCAUGUUUAUAAAAGAAAUGUUAUUACUGAUACUAUUGGAAUUUUAGAAAGAAUUUUUGAUGUUAAUAUAUUAUUUAGCAGUAAAUUGGUAUAUGCUGAUAAUAUUAAUAAUAAUGAUGAAAUGAUAACAUCAAUCAAAACUUUAUAUAAAAUUUCACCUGUUUAUGAAUAUUUUGAUCAAUCACAAAAAGAAGAAAAUUUAAAAAAAAUAAUUGAAUUAUUAGAAACAUUUGGUGUUGGUAAUAAAACAUUUAUUAAUGUAGCAGCUAAUGAAAUUUUAAAUAUUGAUCAAUUAUUAUAUAAACCAUCAAAUUCUAUUACAAAUAAAAAUAUUUUAAUAGAUAUUAAUACAGCAAAAAAAAGAUGGAAUUUUAUUAAUUUUGAAGAUUACUUUUUAAGAAUUACAUCCGGAAAUUUAGAUAGUAUGGCUCAUGUUAAAAAUAAUUCAUUUCACUUUAUUGUAAAAGAUGUUGACUUUUUUGAUCGAUUAGAAAUCCUUUUUUCAACAAAUUCUAUCAAUCAAGUGACAUUUGGAAAUUACAUUUUAUAUAAAUUUAUUGUUAAAAGGAUGGAAAUGCCUGGUUUUACAACAGAAAUAGAUUGUACAAGAUUAAUUGCUAAUACUUUACCACUUUUGACAUUAAAAAUAUAUAAUAACGAAUUGACUAAUUAUGAAUUAGAAAUAUUAGAAGAAAUUGCCGAAGAUCAUGUUGAAUAUACAACAGAAGCAUUAGAAAUUGUUGCAUCAUCAAUAAAUAAUUUUACAUUAGAUGAUAAAAAAUUAAUUGUUCAUAAAAUACAAAAUAUUCGUAUAUUAAUGGGUGCACCAAGAUGGGUAUUUAAUGAUGAUCAUCUUAAUAAAUAUCAUGAAAUGUUAAUAAUUAAUGAUGAUGAUGAAUUUAAUAAUAUUAUUUAUAAACUUCAUGAAUUUUCAUUAUUUAAAAAACAAGAAUCAUUAUAUAAAAAACAAUCUGUUGAUGAGUAUAUGUAUGUUCAUCAAAAAAUUUCGGCAAAUAGAAUUUAUUAUUGUCCAAUUACGAAUACAUUAAUGAUUCCAACAUCAGCAUUAUUAUUAUUAAAAGAUGAAUAUGAUAAUAUGUAUGCUAAAAAUAAUCUUUUUAAUGCAAAAAUAGCUUUUGAAUUAAGUAAGUUAUUUACACACGUUGAUAAUCAAUUAUAUACAAGUAAUAAAUUAAUACCAAAAAUAGGAAAACAUUAUGGUCCAGUUACAAAAUGUAUGAAAGAUCGUCUUAUUGAUUUAACUUAUAUUCAACAUAUUACUGAUAUAGAAAUUGAAGAAUCUAUUAGAUAUGUUGCUGCUAUUCAAAUUGCCUAUGUAUCAUAUAAAACAAUUCAAAAUGAAGAAAAUGAUAUGUUAACAAAUAGUGGAUAUCAAAAAAAUAUUAAUAAAACAAUUAAACAAAAACAAAAUAAAAAAUUCUUCGAUGAAAUAUUAUCUCUUUAUUGUCAUAUCCCAAAUGAAUAUUUGCGUGAUUUUGUAGCAAAUUCUUUAGUAGGUUUUAUUCCAUACCAAGCAACAUACGAAUGUUCAUCAGUUAAAAAUAUUGGUACUUGCAAUUUAUGGACAUCAUUUUAUAAACUUUAA